UGCAUAGCAACGGCAGUGUGUCCUUAGCAACCCAGACAGGAGCUUCCGCGGUGUUUAGAGAAGAGCAUUUAUUGCCCAGACACUGAUAUAAGUUUCAUUAUAGCGGGUUUUGCUCUGCAAUCGCGAACAAACAUGAGAGGUUUUGAUGGAACUAAAAUAAAGGUGAAGACGGAAGGAUUUACUGUGAAGUCAACUAUGAAGAACUAUGUGGUGGAGGGUCCUCCCGCAGCCGGAGCUUUCAAAGAGCGUCCAGCCAGACCUACGUCUUUUCGGAAGUUCUACGAACGUGGAGAUUUCCCCAUUGCGCUGGAGCACGACAGCAAGGGCAAUCGCAUCGCCUGGAAGGUGGAGAUUGAAAAACUGGACUAUCACCAUUACCUGCCGCUGUUCUUCGAUGGUCUGUGUGAGACGUCUCACCCGUACGAGUUUUUCGCCCGGCAGGGUGUACACGACAUGCUGGAACACGGCGGCACCAAAAUCCUGCCGGUCAUCCCUCAGCUCGUCAUCCCCAUAAAGAAUGCCCUGAACACCAGGAACAGGCAGGUGAUCUGUACCACGCUGAAGGUUCUGCAGCACCUCGUGGUGUCGGGAGAGAUGGUGGGAGAAGCUCUGGUGCCGUACUACAGACAGAUCCUGCCCAUCCUCAACUUGUUCAAGAACAUGAACAAAAACAGCGGAGAUGGCAUUGAUUACAGCCAGCAGAAGCGGGAGAACAUCGGCGAUCUUAUUCACGAGACACUGGAGGUGUUUGAGCGCUACGGAGGAGAGGACGCCUUCAUCAACAUCAAAUACAUGGUGCCCACUUAUGAGUCCUGUCUGUUGAACUAACACACACACACACACACACACACACACACACACACACUCACACACACUUAUCUAUACCACUGAACACAUCCAUAUUAAUGCAUCCUAUAUAUAUAUAUAUACAUACACACACACACACACACACACACUCACUACUGCUACACUUGAGCCUUAUACUCCACCUGUAUGACUAUAUUCAAGUAGUGACCUGAUUCAUUUUAUUAUUCUACUGAGUCUCCUUUCUCGUAAUGAAACAUUAAAGCCUUUGCUGUGACGUCACUGUGAUGUCACCAGCUUGCACAAUUGGGAUAAAUUCGCACAUUUAAAAUCUGUAUCCUGUGUUUAAAUGUUUCUGUAAAGCUGCUUUGAGACAAUGUCCAUUGUAAAAAAAAUAUACAAAUAAAAAUGAAUUGAA